CCUCCGUGACCGACGAGGGAGACCACAGCAACCUUCUUUCAAACCGCCGGUAUCCCGAGGCACCUCCGACAAUCCCCCGACAAGGCCAGGCAAGCCCCGGCAAUGACCGACACCGUCCGGCAGCACCACCGUCACAACCCCCCGGCUGGCGAGAUCCCCGUGCCCCAUGGCCCGGAAGUAGGCAAUGAGCACGGCCACUACCCAGCCGGCGGCGCCACCGAACAGGAGCGCACCAUCUUUGCGCAUCUGACCCACCCCGACGACUGCUACACGGCCGACGGCGUCUACUGGGCCGAUCUCCCGUUUCGGAAGCGCGUCGCCUUUGUCAACAAGGUUCAGAAUGAGGAGACCAAGAAGGAGCUGGCCGCCAUCGGCCGCAUGAUGAAGGCCGACCCCCUCAGCCCCCUGUCCUGGUACUUCCGCAACGCCGUCCUGCCCGGGGCCGGCCUCGGCCUCGAGGGCUACGUGCUCUUUAGCAUCGGCAACCUCGAGCCGCUCUUCAAGGCCGCCUGGCCGACGUGCUGGGGGAAGAAGCCCACCGAAUGCGAUGCCAAUUGGAUCGCCUCGGUCACCUACCUCGAGGUCGUCGGCAUCAUGGUUGGUCAGACGGCCGUCGGCAUCAUUGGAGAUUGGAUCGGUCGCCGUUGGGGUCUCAUCCAGGACGCCGCCAUCAUGUUUGUCGGCUUGCUCAUGAUCACUGCCAGCUGGGGCCUGAACCUGAACGGCUGGGUCAUCUGUUACGCUUGGUCUCUGUUCUUCUACGGCUUCGGCGUCGGUGGCGAAUAUCCGAUUACCGCAACAUCCUCAAUGGAGAAUGCCGUUUCUGCCGGGAAGCUCUCGACGCGCGAGGACCGCCUGCACCGCGGCCGCAAGGUCACCAUGGCUUUCCUGAUGCAGGGCUGGGGCCAGCUCAUCAACCAGGCCGUCUUGAUCCUCCUUCUGCUGAUCCUUCACCACGGCGAUGGCAACCCUCCGUAUGGCACCACGACUGUGCAAUGGAUCUGGCGUCUGUCGUUUGCCAUCCCCGCGGUCGGAACUCUCUGGCUUGUGUACUACCGCGCGUACAAGAUGCCCCACGCCAGCCGUCAGCUCGCCGCGGCCAAGAAGAAGAACAACGUGACCGGCUACGACGUCGAGUCGCUCCGGCUGGCAGGCACCUUUUUCGGAGGUCGCCUGCUGGCCACGGCCGGCACUUGGUUUUGCAACGACGUCUUCUUCUACGGCAACAAGCUGUUCCAGGCCCAAUUCAUCGCCGUCAUCAGCAACAACCCGUCGUCUGUCCUGACCGGCUGGAUUUGGAACUUGUACAACGUCAUCGUCUCGCUCGCCGGCUACUACGUCGCCUCGAUCCUGAUCGACAACAAGUUCUACGGCCGCAAGAUGAUGCAGCAGGUCGGCUUUCUCAUGUGCUUCAUCAUGUUCAUCAUCCCCGCCUUCAACUACGAAUACUACACCUCACCCGCCGGCAUCAAGAGCUUCCAGGCCAUGUACUUCCUGUCCAGCUUCUUCAACCAGUUCGGUCCCAAUAGCGUCACCUUCCUCGUCGCCGGCGAGGUGUUCCCGACCCCUAUCCGCGCCUCCGCCCACGGUUUCGCCGCCUGCAUCGGCAAGUCUGGCGCUCUGCUUGCCUCUGUCCUGUACAACUACAUCGAUACCCAGACCAAGUUCUACGUUGUUCCUUGGUUCGGUCUCGCCGGCAUGUUCCUGACCUGGCUGUUCCUCCCUGAUACAACCGGCCUCGAUCUCAAGGAGCAGGAGCGCAGGUGGGCCUACAUCCGCUCCGGCCGCGACUCCGAGUAUCACGGCAUCGCCAUCCACCCCAAGCACCUAUCCCUCUGGGAGCGCCUGAGGGGUGUUGGCAAGAACUACAACCCCGAGCUCGAUAUCAAGCAGAAGAUCGAGGACAUGCGCGAGGAGUGGGCCGGGAAGGAGCGUCUCCGCCGUCAAAGAGAGGCCGGCGGUGAGCCCGCAGGCCCCGAGGAGCUCGACGACGAGGAUUGGACCGAACAGGUGAACGAGUACUUCCGUCAGACCACUGACGAAGGCCUCGUGACGGGAGAGGGCAGCGAGAAAGGAAAAAGUCCGGCGCGUGAGCUGCGGCUGAGCGAAAAGUCGGGGUCGGAGUCGGCGUAGUCGUCGCAUUGAUUUGAGAGAGGUGGACAGUCGGUUGA